AGACAAAAUUUGUCCUGUACGGCAGCCCGUACUUGCCGGUUAGUGGAGGUCAGGAAGGCUCACGUCCACUGCGAAAUGUGAAGAAAGCGCCAAAAGGAGUCGUAUUAACGUGUAACUAUUGAAAAUGUGUAGUUUAUAAUUAAAAAACACGGAAAUACUGCUGUGCUCAAAAAUCGCAUAAUUCAUAUAAAGCGUUUAGGAAAGACCGAGGAGAACUCGACAAGUGUCCGUUUUGUCCUACAAAGACACCGGGAGUUUGACAGCGACAGGACGUUAGUGCGCAGGCCCGUUCGUUGGAGCUCCGAGGAGGACAGAUACUACAUGCUACAAUAAAAAAUUGCUCUUUGUAGAGACAACCGACCUCCGACAUGAGGAAAGACGUGAGGAUACUGCUCGUUGGGGAACCAAAAGUGGGGAAAACAUCAUUGAUCAUGUCGCUGGUCAGUGAAGAAUUUCCUGAUGAGGUUCCCUUACGAGCUGAAGAGAUCACCAUCCCAGCUGAUGUGACACCAGAGAGGGUGCCCACUCACAUUGUGGAUUAUUCUGAAGCAGAACAGUCAGAAGAGCAACUAUAUCAAGAAAUAUCCAAGGCAAAUGUUAUCUGCAUAGUGUACUCUGUCAACAACAAGAAGUCAAUUGAAAAGGUGACCAGUCACUGGAUCCCGCUCAUAAAUGAUAGGACAGACAAAGACAGCAGGGUGCCACUGAUCCUGGUGGGAAACAAGUCAGAUCUGGUGGAACACAGCAGCAUGGAGACUAUUCUGCCAAUCAUGAAUCAAUACCAGGACAUUGAGACCUGUGUAGAGUGCUCUGCCAAAAACCUGAAGAACAUCUCGGAGCUUUUUUAUUAUGCCCAGAAGGCUGUUCUUCACCCGACAGGACCCCUCUACUGCCCAGAGGAAAAAGAGCUGAAGUCAUCCUGCAUCAAGUCUUUGACUCGAAUCUUUAAAGUGUCCGACCUGGACAACGACGGAAUCCUCAAUGACAAUGAACUUAACUUCUUCCAGAGAACAUGUUUCAACACCCCGCUGGCACCACAGGCCCUGGAGGACGUAAAGAAUGUGGUCAGGAGGAACAUGACGGACGGAGUCAAGGACAACGGACUAACGCUCAAAGGUUUCCUCUUCCUACACACUCUCUUCAUACAGCGAGGCCGGCAUGAGACCACCUGGACUGUCCUGAGGAGGUUUGGUUAUGACGAUGACCUGGAGCUCACACAGGAAUACCUAUUCCCCUUGAUAAAGAUCCCACCAGACUGCACCACAGAGCUCAAUCACAACGCUUACCUCUUCCUCCAGAGUGUGUUUGACAAACAUGACAAAGACAGAGACUGUGCACUGUCACCUGAGGAGGUGAAGGACUUGUUCAAGGUGUUUCCCUACGUGCCAUGGGGUCCAGAUGUAAACAACACUGUCUGCACUAACGAUCAGGGAUGGAUCACAUACCAGGGAUACCUCUCACAGUGGACGUUAACAACAUACCUGGAUGUCCAGCGCAGUUUAGAGUAUUUAGGAUACCUGGGGUACUCCAUCAUCUACGAACAGGAGUCACAAGCAGCUGCAAUCACAGUGACUCGUAACAAGCGAAUUGACCUACAAAAGAAACAGACUCAACGCAGCGUGUUCCGCUGUAAUGUCUUGGGAGAACGGGGCAGUGGGAAGACUGGCUUCCUCCAAGCUUUCCUGGGCAGAAAUCUGCAGCGUCAGAAGAGGAUCAGAGAAGACCACAAGUCCUUGUACGCCAUCAGCACAUCCUAUGUCUAUGGUCAGGAGAAGUACCUGCUGCUGCAUGAGGUGAUGCCAGAUUUUGACUUCCUGUCGGACGCGGACCUCUCCUGUGACGUGGUCUGCCUUGUGUACGACAUCAACAACCCGAGCUCUUUCGAAUACUGUGCCAAAGUGUACAAGCAAUACUUCAUCGACAGCAAGACGCCGUGUGUGGUGAUCGCUGCCAAGUCUGACCUGCACGAGGUACGGCAGCACUACAGCCUGUCGGCGUACGAGUUCUGCCGCAAGCACAAGCUCCACCCACCUCAGCCGUUCACGUGCAACACGACUGAGGCUCCUAACAAAGACCUGUACACCAGACUCACCACCAUGGCCAUGUACCCCCACUCCCGUCCAUGCUGUGUAUGUGCCUGCAACAAGUGCACCUAUUGCCUGUGUCAGAACUUCCUCAAGUUGGAGCUGCUGCGCAGCAUUAAGGCCCAACUGCGCAGGGUCAUUUUCAACAGACACAUGGCUCAGGCGGACCUGAAGAACUCCACCUUCUGGCUGAGAGCCAGCGUCGGUGCCACAGUGUUCGCAGUGCUGGGUUUUGCCAUGUACAGAGCACUGCUGAAACAGCGGUGAUAACACAGCAUGACAGAGAUACUCCACCACCCUCCAACCUGAACUCCUCUCCCUCUGUAGACUCUGACCCCACCCCUCCUGCCUGAAAGACUCUCUAAGACUCUGAAACAACUAACUAGGCACAUUGCCUUGAGUCGGAAUGCCACUUGCUUCCCACUUUUCCCACAAUGCAACAUGGACAAAAAGAAGUGAUGUAGACAUUUUGUAUGCAUAUUAAAAUGUGUUUUCUUUUUUUUUUCAAGGGAAAAACAUCCAUAAUUAUUGAUUAUAGUUUGUGAUCCUCAUCUGGAUCGGACUUCAGUAGCAAACACUCAAGGUUCUCAGACAGUCCAGGACUUUUUCUCCACUUUUUCAGGUCAGUGUUAUUGUUCAGGUUUUUAAAACUCAGUGAGAGGCAGCUGUGGGCAGAAACAACACAGGGGGCUUGGAAUCUGUUUAUAGAUGUAUAUGCAGUAUGUCAUUAAUGUAUUCACUUAGUGGUUUUAGGAUCGGACCAGAAGGUGGUUUCAUUAGCUGAAGUGGUGUCAACAAAGCUGGUGUUAGAACAAAUAAACAAAGCUCUACAUUUAAGUCCUGAAAGGUCAUGGAUGUCAUUUAUUUGUGUCUGUUAAUUUAUUAACAUAUGUUGGUUUUCUUGUCUGUUUUAAGCGCUCGACAUGGAACAGAUUGACAUUUUCUAUGUAUUUUUGUAUUUAGUAUUAUCAAAUGUCGCCUCAUUUACGACACUGCUUCUGUUUUUAUGUCCUGGUUUCCAACUACUGUUAUUUCUCCGUAUAUUUUUAUGAAACUAAAGGCUCCACGGAGCUGAGGGCUGUGACAACAACCAUUGAGCUCAGCCUUCAGCACCUUCAGACUCUUAGAGCCUUUUCUUGUCAUGGUUCUCUUCCUUUACAAAGGUCUGGGAUCCAAACAAAAGUGUCUUUAUCAACCAAAAUGGAAAAUAAAUAAAGUUUUAAAUAUCUGUAAUAAAUGACAUUUACACCCAA